CUUGUGUUUCAGUUUCUGGUACCUAAUUUCACCGCCUCUUCCUGAACCCAUCCUUUCCCUCUUUCUCUCUCUCUGUCUCUCCAACUCCUUGAGCUUUCGGCCUUUUUCCAAAGUAGUCAACGGAGAUGUCGGAGAAAUUCUCGGCCACGCUUCGGAUCGGAGAUCUUAGCGAUUUCAUCGCACCGUCCCAGGCAUGCAUAGUGUCUCUUAAGGGCCUUAAGUCCAACGCAUCCAAGCCCGAUAAAGCUGAGGUUUCAACUUCUAACAAGCAAUUGCAAACAGACCCAGUCAAAAUUUCACUCAAGGACUGCUUAGCAUGCAGUGGUUGUGUAACAUCAGCCGAGACAGUUAUGCUGGAGAAACAAAGUUUGGAUGAGUUUCUUUCUAAUGUUAAAAAAGGGAAGGCUAUCAUUAUUUCAGUUUCUCCUCAGUCAAGAGCAUCCCUUGCAGUUCAUUUUUGCAUCACUCCUUUACAGGUGAGACUGAAAGGUCAUAAAUUAUUUUUGGUGUGUUUUUCCUUCUUUCCUUGUACCCUUCUCAUGGAUGAGGGUAAAUUUACAAAGUGGGGGAUUUCCAUUUUGCUUUGUUGUGUUGAAAGUCUAGUCCUGUUUUCAUAUGCAUGUAAGUGCAUAUCAGCAGUCACUUCUAACAGCCAAAGUUCUCUUUUCAAUUUCCAGGUUUUCAAGAAACUCACAACAUUUUUUAAGUCCUUGGGAGUAAAGGCAGUCUUUGAUACAAGUUGCAGUCGAGACUUAACUCUUAUUGAAUCUUGUAACGAAUUCAUCAUGAGGUACAGGCAAAGCCAAUUGAUGGAUGAUGAAAGAUGUCAAUCAUCACUACCCAUGAUUUCAUCAGCUUGUCCAGGUUGGAUAUGCUAUGCUGAAAAGCAACUUGGAUCCUAUAUUCUACCUUAUAUUUCUUCAGUGAAGAGCCCCCAGCAGACAAUUGGAUCUAUUGUUAAGCAUCAUGUAUGCCAAGAAUUGGGUCUUAGGCCAGACAAUGUUUACCAUGUAACUGUAAUGCCCUGUUAUGAUAAGAAGCUUGAGGCUGCCAGGGAGGACUUUGUAUUUCAAGUGGAAUCUCAAGGUGAAAGUCAUGAAAAUGGUCCUAGCUCUACAGAGGUAGACUCUGUAUUAACCUCAGGGGAAGUUUUAGAAUUGAUACAGUUACAGGCAGUGGAUUUUAAAGCUUUAGAAGAAUCUCCAGUAGAUAGAAUGCUGACUAAUGUUAAUGAAGAAGGGCAUCUUUAUGGGGUUCAUGGAAGCUCUGGAGGUUAUGCAGAAACAAUCUUUCGAUAUGCUGCUAAAAUACUCUUCGGUAGAGAAAUUGAUGGUCCUCUGGACUUCAGAAUUAUUAGAAAUUCAGAUUUCCAAGAAGUGACUCUGGAAGUCAAGGGGAAAACUGUUCUGAAAUUUGCAUUGUGCUAUGGCUUCCGGAACCUGCAAAAUGUUGUCAGGAGAAUUAAAAGUGGAAAAUGUGAUUACCAUUUCCUGGAGAUCAUGGCAUGUCCUGCAGGUUGCCUGAAUGGUGGAGGUCAAAUCAAGCCAAAGCCUGGCCAAUCUCCAAAGGAAUUGAUUCAGUUAUUAGAAGCUGCUUAUAUGGAGAAUGUUCGAGUAGCUGAUCCUUUCAAGAACCCCCUUGUGAAAAGUUUAUAUGAUGAGUGGCUCGAGAAACCUGGCUCAGAAAAAGCUAAGAGAUUCGUGCACACAGAAUAUCAUCCGGUGGUAAAAAGCAUUACUUCUCAGUUGCACAAUUGGUGAAAACUUUUUGUUGCCCUGACUUCUGAUUCCUGUAUAUCGUUGAGACUUCCCAACUUUGUCUCUCCAUAUGUCGGGUGCCUCAGAUUGUUCUGGGGAGUGCAUUCGUGGAGGGAUCCAGUUUUGAUAGAGAACUGAUUUCUUUUUUGCUACAAAUUUUGUAUUUGAACGUUGUUAGCUAGAUAAAGAUUAUUAUGUGCUUAUGUAAUACACAUCUUUUCUUUUUUUUUUUAAUCUGUGUAGAGGUCUAAAUAAAAUGGCCUCCAUUGUUGUAUGGUUAUGAAGUUAUUUGUUCAUUUACUCUGGUAUCUGAAUAAGAUUACUGAAGAGGCCAGAUAAUUAUGGUGGCCUGCUUCUGAAAU